AUGGAUGAAGAAUAUUUAGAUGAUAUGGCGUUAGAACCUAAAGAUAAUAUGGCGUUAGAACCUGAAGAUGAUAUGGCGUUAGAACCUGAAGAUGAUAUGGCGUUGGAAUCUGAAAAUGUUGAUUUGAAUGGAACAGAAUCUGAUGAUACGAAUAUUAAUGAAGACUCCGUGUUAUCACAACCUAAUAGUCAAGUUUUUGUUAAAAAACAAAAAAAAAUUGAAAGACUAAGUGGUAGCCCUGUUAAACUAUUUUUUGAGACAAAGUUAAUUAAUAAUAUAGAGUAUUGGUUUUGCCAACAUAAAUCUUGUACUUCACGAGUAAAAUAUAUAAAGGAUGGGUCCAUAUCGAAUUUAUGGCGUCAUAUGAGAAAUAGGUAUCAUAUUUCACGAGCAAUGAUAGAAGUUGUAUUUAAAAGAAUAAUUGAAGGGCUUGAUAUACAAGCUAACGUGCUUGGUUAUGAUCGUUUGAAAGAAAUUCUAAUUAAUUCUGAGGAUAAGAUUCUGCAGAACCUCCGUGAAUAUGCACUUGAUAGUGCUAAAAUUAGCUAUAUUUCAUUUACUACUGAUAUGUGGACGUCGAGUAAUGCAAAAGAAAUGAUUGGUAACAUUUCGUACCUCCCAUAUCCCUAUACUUCUGAAUGUCUUUUUAAUAAAAUUACCGAAAUUUUGGAUAAUCUUCAGCUUAAACAUAUUACAGUUAGCAGUACGGUUGAUAAUGGGUCAAAUAUUAAAUCGUGUUUAGAAAAAUUAAAGCGAAAAUAUGGCAUUUUUAAUAUUUAUUGUUUUGGUCAUACUUUACAGCUAGCUAUUAACGAUGCAUUGAAAGAGUGUCUCAAAAUUACUAAUUUAAUAAAAAAAUGUAAAGAUAUUGUAUCACAUUUUAGCGGAAGCCCUAAGCAGAAACAAUUUCUUUUAGAAGCUCAAAUAGAGAUAGAAGACUGGGAUAACUUUCUUUUUGUAGUUCGUGAUGUUUCAACAAGAUGGAACUCGACAUUUUACAUGUUAAAACGGUUAACAACUCUUAAACCAGCAAUAUAUAAAUAUAAGUCUUUUUUAGUUGAAAUUAAUGAUAAUAGUUUACUAAGAAGUUACGAAGAAAAGGAGCUGUCAUCAGAUGAAUGGGAAAAAAUAGCCGAGUUAGUUAAGUUAUUGUAUCCUUACAAAAUAAUUUCAAAAAAAUUAUCAGGUUCAACAUAUCCAACACUUUCUCAAGCAUGGUUUGCGAUUAAUUUCAUUAAAAUAAAACUUAAUUGUACAAUAAUAAAUAACAUUGAUAUUCAGAAAUUCAGAAGUCUUCUUGGCAAAUCAAUUCAGAAACAAUUCUCAGAACCAACAAAACCUAUUCGACUUGCUGCUUUUUUUGACUCGCGGACUAAAGAUAUGCAAAUUUUUACAGAAAAUGAGAAGAAUAAUACUAUUUCAGAAGCACAUAUGGAAUAUCUUGAAUUAGCUAAUAACUAUUAUAGAUUAGAUAGUUUAUCAGAUACGGCAUCUGAUAGCAUAAUGAAUAGCGAAGAAGAUAUUUUCUCUGAUCCUGUGGCUCAAGAGCAUUCAAGUCAAAAUGAUGAUGAUAACAUUGCUAACCGUGAAUUUAAUUCUUAUCUAUUACUACCAAGGGUUCCGAGUGAUACAGACAUACUUCAGUGGUGGGCCUCAAGAAAAGCUAAUUAUCCUAUACUUGCAAAGCUUGCUCGCAAGUAUCUUUCAAUUCCGGCCACGUCAGUACCAUUUGAACGCUUUUUUUCUUCUGCAGGCCUCACUAUUACUGAAAAAAGGACAAGUCUAAAUUCUGAAUUCGUUGAAUCAAUCUUAUUCCUUAAAGUGGCUCUAAAGCUUUGGCCUGUCUCACAUGUUUUUG